GAAGGGUUUGGACAUAUGAAAAUGUUAUUUGGAAUUUAGCAAUAUUUGAUUCAUGUUUACUUUUUCUACUUCUUGUUUUAAUUUAAAGGGAAUGCCAUCUCUGGUAAGACUUAUUUUUGUUUUGUUUGUGCUUUGUGCUGUUUAAUUUGCCGUACUGUCAAGUGAAAUAGCAAGUGAAUGAGCAGUAUUUCUAAUUUUUCAUAAAAUAGUGAUGGUUUAAAAUUUUGUUUUAAAAUCUAUAUUUAAUCUAGAAACAGUCCUGUCUCAGACAUCUCCUUUAGUAUGUAUUAAGUCAAAUCUAUCUACAAAAAUGAAAAGGUUUGAUGGGCAAAUUUUCAUCUUAGGACAUCUGCUUAUUUUAGUAAUAAUUGUAAUGUUUUAACACUUAAUAGACCUCUCAAACUCUUAAUACAGAUAAUGUGUAAACCCUCAAACCAAUGGGAACUCCUGUCAUUCCAAAUAAAAUAACUCCAGUUACCAUUAUCACCUAUUCAACAACCCAUUUUUGGUUGCAAAUGAAUGAAUCACGAUAAAAACAUAACGCAAGGCACAUUUGAUAAGGUCCAGAAUUACAACAGCUUUUACCGCAUUUAAUGUAUUUCACAUAAAUACACUGGUAAAAAUCACAGGUGACAUAUUUACAGAGAGGUUGUGCCCAGAAAUGACAAAGGAUUGUCCUUUAACCUCAUGAGGUCACAGAGAUUAAAAUGAACUAAUUUCUUUACAUUUUUUGGAUGUACAAAAAAGAAACAUGAACAUGGCACGUGUUUAUUCAGCAUGUCAAACGAUAACAGCUCAUAGCAGUACCUGUAAAGAAGAGCUGAUUAUAACAUUAUGCUGAUGACAGCAUUUACUACUUUGCCAAAUUAAUCCAAAAUAAAAAAGGAGUUGAAUAAAAACUUUUCAAGUGCAAUCCUUAUAUUAUUUUCCAGCAAGUAAGUCAUAUAAAACAUCAAUGGUCAGGUUACGAUUCAACAACUGGACUGUAGUUUUCGUCAGAACUUUUUCUAAAAACUCCUGAGAGGAUUUUUUUUUUACAUUUAUAAAAAAGUGUGAAAUUUAUAUUGAAGUCUGGUUUUGACAUGCGAAAGCAAACAAGACCACCAAUGACAAGACUGACAAGUUUUACUGUCAUUCUUAAUGCCUGAAACUGUUGUGCAGGGGUAGGUGUCAGUGGAACCAACAUUGAACAAUUGUCUUAUUUUUAAACUUUCAGCCUUAAAUAUUUACGGUAAACCAUAUAUUUCACCAUCAAAAAUUGCAGGAUGAUACUUUCAAUCAAACAACUCUACCUGAGCAUGAAGAGGACAAGAUAAGCAAAAGCUGCUUUGUCCACAAGGGGUGCCAAAACUGACAGUCACAACAAAAUUCCUCAUUGGGGCUUUAACUGUUAUAAAAAUAAAAUGUAAUAAGUUAGAGCAGAAAGAAAACACGCACUUCAAAUUGUACAGCUGUAAAAGAGUUACUGGGAGGGGAUGGUUAAAUUAGAUAUUUUUUUAUAAUUCAAGACAGGAAGAAGAUCAAGUUGACAAAAUAAAGUUGCAAAAACAACAAAUCUGAGGUUUACUGAAGCAAAUACAAAAUAAAACAUUUCACAGAAUGCUGCGGACUAUCAGCAUGAUUUUGUCCAUUACCAUAUUAAAAAUAUAACUAGGCCUGCAAGCCAGAUCUUUACAAUGAUUUUGAAAAAAUGAAAGUGGAAAAUAUUUAAAACUUUAGCUCCAGCUGGUCGUCCAUUGAGCCAUAUACAAUUAAAAGAAGAAAGAUCAGCAGCAGACAGACAGACAGAGUGAACUCCGGUGGCUGCAUAAAUCAAGAGGAAAAGAGUAAAAUAUACUUUAGCGUCUGGCCUACGAACAAUUCAGCUGUUCUAUCCAACUGUUGGGCCAUGAUCAAAGUUCAAUAACACAGCAAUAAAAUGUUUCUUUACAGAAGGAGAGUAGUUUUGUUGCUCAUUGUGGAACAAUCCUCAGAAGCUGAUGAAGUGAGGGCGACGGAGUUUGGCUCAAUCGAAACUAAUAAAUGAUCGGAGCGGUGAAAGGUCACUUGUGAAAUUGAGAAAGCUUCUCGUAAAUUAUCCUGUGACCUCUCUGCUUCCUGUUAAACCUAAGUCUCACAUUGAUUUUCAUGAUUCAAAGGAACUCUUUGACUUUUGAAAGCUCCCACUGGAAGGGCAAGCAUGGCCUAUUCAAACUCUGGCCUGCACCUGAAUCGGUAUAGGAGUGUGUGUUCGAAGUGUUAAAAGGUUUAAGUUUAUACAUGGAUAAACACAAACUAAUCAAUACGUCUGAGGAGAAAGAAGAGGAACGGAGACACAGGAGGAGAGUGUGUGUGUUCAGGCAGCCGAGCUGUUAUGUAAGCACCAGCUGUGUGAGUGAAGGCCUGCUGCAGGAUGAUGAAAGCAACGCCGCUUCCCUCAACCAGACUGAGCAUCCACUCUCCCUCUCUCUCUCUCUCUCUCUGCUGAAUUAUUCACAUUAUUGAAGGAAACAACAACACAAACCAGCAUGAGACGCAGAGACGAGCGCAAGUACAUCAUGGUUCUGCAAUUCCACUCGUUACUAUUGGCAACAAACAAGAUAAAUGCGUACAAUUUCAGGAAAAUACAAUUCAGUGCUUCAAUGCAGUCUCCAUAAUCCACCGCCGCUAGCAGCCACCUCUUUGACUUUCGUGAUGAAACAAUAACGUGAGGCAACAAGGACAAAAUGAAAAAAAAAAAAAUCUGCAGUCUUAAUCUGGAUUAAAUUACAGUGUUCGUCAUCCCGGCUCCAAACCAACGCAGACCAACUCAAAGCAAACAAGGAGAAUGACGAAACAAGAACGGAUUCUCAUCUUAGAAAGUCAUACCAGUGAAAAACAUGCAAAACAUUAAACUCACAGAACAAGUGACUGAUUGUGUCAGCUGAAGAAUAUGUCCCUGACAUAAAAAGGAACAAUCAAAUGUCUUUAAAAAAACAUUGAUUUUAUGAGUAGUUAUGCCACGGACAAACAAAUAAUGUUUUAGUGUUGUUAUGCAACUUGAUUUAAGAUGAUUUUACUCCGGGUGUAUCUUUAUCCAACGGUUAAACUGUCCUUUUUUGUAAACUCAAAAGUACUAUUUUAGAUUGUCAGUCUUUCUAUAAUACUUAUUUCAAAAUGCUGCAAGAGAAAUGUAAUCUUUUUUGUUUGCACUAGCUCUUCAUGAACUCAAAACCUGAUAUCCUACAAACACUAGUGUCUUUUUUAUCUACAUGAUGUUACAUCACAUCUUUUGCUUUCUUUUAAAAUCCUUAAAAACUUUUGCUUCAGUGAAUCCUGAGGACUUACUCCUGCUUUUGGGGUCAGAAAGCAACUUGUCUUUGCUGUGAUACAGAUGUUUAACCUGCAUCAUUGUUACAGUGAGCCACAAGAUGAUUAUAAAAUUGAGGCUACUGUUAGGAACGAUACGUUCGUGGCAUUUUUGGUGCCCCCCUGUGGAGCAUGUGGAGCCCCUCAUCUCUGCUCUGAUUUGGGCCUGUAUAUGUUUUAACCUUCAGUGUGAUGAACUCUGUAUUAUUUAGCAGAAUAGACUAGACAGAAAUAGAGUUUAAUAGUGAUUCUAUGUUUGGGUUGAUGCAUCAUCCCCUGAAUCUUAAAACUGUUUUGCUGGGGCACCACUGGCCUUAUGUUUAAGCCCUAAAGGCUUUAGUCCUUGUUGCAGUGGUUGGUUAGACUCCCAACCAAGACUAUUUGCUGCAUCUUUCCCCACUCUGUACUCGCUGCAUUUCCUGUCUCCCUUUAGUUCGCCUAUCAAACAAGGGCAAAAAUGUCCCACCCCCUAAAAACAAAGCAAAUAGUAUAUAUUGUUAACUUAAAGUGAGCCUUUUAAAUCCACAAAUUCACUUCCACAGAGGCCAAUGUCUUGCAUGGCCGUGUUUCUACAGUAACACAGAAUGGACAAAAUGGUACCAUACACAAUUUCAUGUUAAGUUGUAUCGAAUGUGCCACUUAAAAGAAGAAGAAAGAGAGUCAUUGUUUGCAAAAACAAUUGUUUUAAUUGCUGUCUCUGAUGGUAAAACCUUGACAAAAGGAAGAUCACUUAUUAUGCAUUGCACAAGCUUCUUGACCUUGAAGGCUGCUGUAGCUGCACUAACAGGACAGGUGAGCCAGGGAGCAUUUCUAGUGAGAAUCUGACCACUUGAUAUUAUUAAAUAUUCAACCGUCUACAUAGCCUACUGUGGAAAAAAAGUGGUUUCAGCAGCAUUUGGCUGAUUACUUUGCCUGACACCUACCCUGUGGCAACUGUCUUGUACAUGCAGAAUCAGUGUUUGUAAGUCAGUGGCAUCAUUGAUGGUGAGAUAGUCUUAAGUAGAUCAUCAAAAGGCCAUAAAAGUGUUAAUUAUGUCUCAUAACUUGUUAAAAAAUUCCCCACAUGAGCUUCAAUGACCACUUGUGUUGAAACAGUGGUGCUCUAAAGUGAGGCUCACAAGUCCCCCAGUUCUGAUUUCUCACAAAUGAAAGCUAACAAGCUAAGGUUAGCAUAAACUAGCAUCACUCUGUAUAAAAUAUCUGAUUUAGAAGACUGACCCCAUGACUCCAAACAUGGUUUGUGACUGUUGCUACAUUUUUAGCGUUCAUCUUAAAUUCAUUGCUAAGCUGCACUGUCAUUCUGUAGUUUUUGCUGUAAAAGUCAGCUGGUUAGCUUUAAAAUUAAUUCUGUCAGGGUGCCCUUGAGCAGGGUGCUGCAGGGUGUAGUUGUCCUACAAUCCCCACACUGUAAAUGAAGAGCACAAUAAAAGCAUCUCUGACCACACGGUUGGAACAGACUUGGCAUUUGAAGAUUAAACUGUAGUUUGUGUAACUUCACACUUAAAAAGUUGCCUCUCAAAUCAGCCACGUUCUCAUUUUGCAUUCAAAUUAUGUUGCUCUGUUGUCUGUCAUAGAGCAUUUCUACAAUGCACCAUUUGUUAUCUUUAAAUAACAGAGGCUCCAGCCUCAAGCAAACAAUUGCUUAAUUUUCUAAGAAUGUUUGCCAGCCGUCACUGUGCAGUUUUUAAAUGAUGUUAUUAAUGAAUGUGACAGCAGACAAAAAUCCUAAAAUUCAAUGUAAUUUGUGUUAUUGUCCUCCACUUGGUGCCUCUGGCCUCCGGUCGCUCUAAAAAUCAAGACAAAUCUGAAUGUGUCAUUGUUGGAGUCGUCCUGUGUGAUGGAUCAAAAUGGCGUCAGAGCAUUUGAGCAGGCAGACGAAGAGAUUAUCUGGUUGUGUGGAAGGACACGCAACCUGCAAGGGAGACAGGAAGUCCUGAAGUGCUCUUUCUUUCCAACUCAUACUUUCACUUCAGGCCAGAAAAAUAUCUCACAGCUGUUUUUAUGUCCAUUACAGACAUGAAUAAAUAAUGUUCAAUUGAUUAUUAUGACAGGGAAGGUUACUGAGCCAAAGUAGCAAAGAGGACAGGAAGUAUGGAGUUAAGUUUACAAAAAGACUCUCCUCUGUGAUGAGAUGAGAGGACUUUUUCUACAUUUUCAGUUACCUUGUCCUCAGUUUUGGGUCAAAGGUCACGAUGUGAAACUGAAGUAUGAAUGUCUUAAAGCCCUUUAAAGCAAUACUUCAACUACUCUUGGCAGGCCAUUAUCUGUCCCAAAGGAAACUCUUCUGUGGUAAUGUCUCUGCUGCAAAUGCUUUAUGUGCUGUGAUGCCUUCUUACUGAUUCUGUUUGCGUUGUGUUUUAGGUCCAGCAUGCAGAACUGUGCAAAACAAGAAAGUUAAUAGAGCUCCAUCUCAACCUCUGAGGCCUUAAAUUUGAGACCUAGACUCCUGAUAAGACCAAACCACAGCGUACCUGCAGUUUCCGUUUGACACCUGGAGCCCAGGAGACUGAGGCGACACUGACAGCAACUCACGGCUACUCCAGAGGAUUAUGUCAUUAUAGCUGACAACUUGAGCUUCCCUUGAGUACGACGGCUACAAGGCAAAGUCAGUCCUGCUCUGCACACACCCCAAAGAAACCAUGGAUGACCCCUAUCAAAACAAUGUGAACCAGCAGGUGACAGAGGGUGGAGAAUACACCUACACCCAGGAUGGAGGGGGUCAGGAUGGCUACCCAUACCAGACAGACUACCCUCCACAGGAGGAGGAUGCCGCUAGUGAUGCCACAGAGGGCGCAGAUGAUGACGAGCAGAUGUAUGAGGGGGAGUACCAGGGUAUUCCUCACCCUGAUGAGAUCAAGGAAGCAAGGCGGGCUGCCCGGGUGGAGGCAAGGAGGAAAGCCCGUCAGGCCAAAGAGCAGGAAGAGGAGGAGGAAAACCUGCCAGAGCAGUAUGAAACCAUUAUGGAGGACUGCGGCCAUGGACGCUUUCAGUGGAUGUUGUUCUUCGUGCUGGGUCUUGCACUAAUGGCAGAUGGCGUGGACGGCUUCGUGGUGGGGUUUGUCCUGCCCAGUGCUGAGAAAGACAUGUGCAUAUCCAAUUCUAACAAAGGAUUGCUGGGUAAGUGAAAUAAAAGAAAAGAGGAUCAAAGCUUGAUUGAGAAAACUCAAAAAGAAGACACACCCUCUUUUUGAAAAUGCAGAGAAAGGGAAAUCUUUGUUUUAGCCUGUUUUGUUUCUAGGAGGGGAGGAUUUGAUGCUUUGAGGUAGAGCUAAUGCUCAUAUGAUAAUGCUAUCAUACUGAUGAAAAGCAUCAACAUGCUGCUGAUGCACUCGUACAAUGUUUUUGUUCAUCAUUGUAGUUUACACUAGUAUCCUGACAACCCCAAAGAAAACUCUUGAGAUGUGAGAAUCAAGAGACUCACUCAAUGUGAAUGAAAAUUGUGGAAAAAUUUGUUUUUCAUCCAUCCAAUGACUGUUAAGCUAAAAGCUAAUAAUGUCAACGUAGUGUUUAUUCUUCUAUUCUUACAUAAUAAUCAUCAGUGAACAGUGACCCAUGUUUGGUUUACCACAUUAGCAUGCUAAUUUUCAUCAGUGUUAGCUAACCACAGGACUUCCUGAUGUGUUUCCAUCACACAAUUAUCUAAUUCUAUUACCUGGCUUUCUUACUAACCACCCAGCUGUAUCGAAAACUUGAUUUUGAUUAGUCAAAACCCCUUGACAAACAGUUUUAAGCAGUGUCAGAGACAAGCAGACACCAAAUGAAAUCAAUAUGUGCAACAAAGUUACGGCAGAACUGUUAGGCUCAUUAGCAUGCUGACUUGUUAGACCUCAUGACAUAAAUAUUCAGAUUCUGUCAAUGGCAGAAAAGCUGGUCAAUACAUGUGUGUUACCGAUCACCACCAAGAAACUGAACUUUGACAGGUAACGAUAACAGCAACACUUAUGCUAAAAUGUGUGUCAGUUGCAAAGCUCCAAAAAUAAGGAGAGUUGAAUGAGGACAAAAGGCGGUAUUCAUAUACCCAAAGAACACCUGUGCACCUUGUUUUAUGUAAUCAUCAAUGAAAAUGUAAUAACACAAAAGCAGGCAGAAGUUCUGUUCUCCUUUUCUGAUUUGAUCUUUGAUAGAAAUGUUCAGGUAAAUUGUUUUUAUAUCAGCAUGCUUGUGAUUUUACUUGACUGUUUAUUGAAAUGUUUACUUGGAGGUUUGUUUGUGCUGCAAGGAAACAGGUUAGAGAAUUGGUAGUUGGUCGCAGUACCAAAUAUAAAUAUCAUUUUUAAAUCAGUAAAAUCAUCUUUCUGCAUUGUUGAGCUAUAAACUGUAUUAUUAGGCGCCCUUCGUUUUGUCUCACCUCAUCGGGAUUCUAGGUGGUUAUACCCAUUACCUCUUGAAUAAACCAAAGCAUAAGAUGCUGGACUCGUAAAAAGUUGAUCUGAUAAAAGGGCUGGGGAAUUGGCUUGGGUUCACCAAGACCAUUUGUGAGGAAACACUUACAUCAGCUCCAACUGUUAUGCCAUCCUAUCCAAAUGUCAGAUCAGUAUACUCUUGUUAAGCAUGAACACUUCAAUGCUGACCAUUUUGUUUAACCAUUUUAGCAAGCUAACAUUUACUGAAUGCUAUCAAACCAAAGGUACAGGGCUUAUUGCAGGUUUGAAAGGACUAAAUUAUUGGGAAAAUCAAAUCUUCUACUGAUCAUGGCACCAGUAUUAGCGUUUGGAAGUCACCCGGGUUGCUCAAAUCAGUCCAAAGAGGAAGAUUAUUUUCUGUACCAAAUGUAAAGGAAAACUAACUCACAGUUGGCGAGGCCUUUCACAAUUAGUCACAUUUUAUCCUCAUGGUAAUCUCUUAGGGAAUAUAAGGGGAUCAUUAACCUCAACAGUAAUACUCCUCUAUGCACCCUGAAUAUCUACAAAAAUGAAUAAUAAUCCAUCCAAAGGUUGCUUAUAUAUUUCAUUCUGGACCAAAGUUAUGAACAGGCAGCAGACAGACUGUUCCUGCAGUCCCUAGAGCUAUCAGCUAGCAUGGCUGAAAACAGAUUUAGCCAAGACAUCCUUCCAAAACAGAUAUACUGCCUUCUGGAAACCUACAAGCCUAGCUAAUUACAAUCAUCUGUUGAAGAGUUCCUAUCUUUUCCCAGAGAGGAGGAAGUCAUCAGUGAAAUGAUCUGCUGUUGUGCUUGGCUAGAGUAAAAUCCUGCAUAUGUUUGGCUCUCGAUGGCACAUGGUUGCAGACCAGUGCGUCAGACAGAAACAUCUCCCAGCCACUGGGACACAUUAGGGGGCUCGGAUCUUUGUAGGCAAAUGCAAAUUAUGAUCGAAACCAAUAUUGUGUGUCCUAUUACAGAAUGGGUCCACUGAGCCACACUGAGUCAUUGGAUGGUGAGCCUUGUGUGCCACGGUGCCACAAGUGUCUGGAAGCUGACUUGGGGGAAGCAUGAACACGUUAAUUGUUAAAUUAUCUUAGAAACCAGACAGACAGGGAAGGUGCUGCUCUAAAUAUAGAUUACAUUCUGAUUGCACUGUGUCUUAAGGGUCGUGUUUUCUUCAUUUAAGUGCCCUCGCCAGCUUUACUUGUUCCAAAAUUUUCAGUCAUAACAGUAAACAUGCCAAAAAUUUAGAGAAAUUUGUGUGCAUCCCAGACAUGACUUAUUGGCAAAUGUACCUUGAAAGCGUCUGUUCCUCUCUUCUCACACCGACAACUCAACUGCAAAUUAAAGCCCCUUACCUUAUUUCCCCGGCCACGUGUGUAGCCAGGCGAUGUAGCAGAUUGCUCAUCGCUCAUUUCAUCUUAACAACAGGCUCCUGGGAUAGCGCAUUGCACGAGAUUGAUGAGGAACCCAGUGGUGAUUGUAUUCAGUGUGUGUUCUUGGGCUAAUAUGGAGCAUGUUGCAGCAGUCAGAGAGCCUGGCGGCCUGCAGCGCCCGGUGCAGAGCUGUCAGAUACGCUUCAGGCCUCUGACAGGCUGUGGUAGCAGGAGGAAGGCCUGGCGAAAAUGAAAUCCCAGCGUCUGUGCUGAGCAGGAGGGGAGAGCUGAUCAUUGGAUAAGAAUAUGAAGUAGAUCUGCAGAAUGAUCUUGUGCGAUUCACUCCCAUGCUCUGUUCAAUACACUCACCAAAGCGGAAAGGUGUGUAUUUUUAACCCUAGUCUUGGAUCACUAUAAAGACUCUUAAAUCUUUUGUUAAAAAGAGGAGGGUAGCACUUGCCUUUAAUUGUGUUUAUAUUGUUUUAUUCAUAGAGUGGAAAUGUAAAAAGGCUUCAUUGUCUGGGCUUGAUGGGGAAGAAGAGAUCCAACGAACAAUCUCUUGUAAAACACUAAACUUGCAGUGCAGCAAAUGGGUUUCUGGAAUAAAACGAGAAUUGCAAUUUAAAAGGUCAUGCAUAAAUCAUGAGGCAGUUUUAGGAUGCUUUCGAGCUGCUGGGUAAGGAUAAACUGCAAGAUUCUUGGUGCUAUAUAGCUUUCAAUACUGCUCUGUUUUUGCACAGUGCACCUUGAGAAAUCACAUCAGCCAUGUCGAACGUCCACUUCUGCUGUGUCUUUCCUUAUUCCCCUUUUGUAACACAAAAACACAUUUACAAGCUAAAAAAACAUCUGAGCUAGAAGAAAUUAGGAGUGGGGAAUAAAGCGGUAGACAGUUAAUGGAGUUGAUUCUCAAUUUUGAGGUCCAAACUCAGUGGGGGUUGAGAGAGAGUUGGUAGAAUCUGCUAAUGCUAAUGCUAAAUUAACAAUUUUUCCAAUGCUUCAUGAAUGUGACUGAAACUAUUUUCCACAACAUUUGUGACAUGUUUACUGGAUCUUUCUAGUUACUCCUCAAUUUUAACUUCAAUAUAGCUACACCAAAGUAAUGGCUGAAAUUUGUAACAGCAAUAAAUCUCAGUGUUUUUUAAGGGGUUAUUUUCAUCAAUUUUGUCUUUAAUUUACAGGACAGCUGUUAAAUGGAGAGCCAUAAUCAGUGUAUGGGGCUCAUGUGAUUACCAUUGAGCUAAAUUGGCUGUCUAAGUGACAACGUUUAAGUUUAGCAAAAUCAUCCCCUGAAUAAGACAUAAACACACUUAUAACUACGUCUUCAAGUGAAGCUUGUGUAGCCUUUCAGGGUUGACAUUUCAGCAUUUUUAAUGAUUGGCUUUGUUCAUGUUCAUGUUUCUGAACUCUAUUUGUGUAAGCGAGCUUUUUACCUUUUCUCUACUGAAAUGAAACUGAAUUUAAAACAAAUGCAACACUACUAUUUCUUCUUGUUAAUAAUAGUGUAACAGGCAGUUUUUUGAAAUGUAGUGCAAGUCUGGAGAAUCUAAGCUCUCCUGGGUUUACAUUUUUUUCUUAGGAUCUAGUGUCUACGGUUAGAUCUGCUAAUUGUGCUGAGAGUGUGUUCUCUUCAAAAGCUGCGAGAAAAAGGAAAAAUAUUCCGUCCCCAUGACAAAUUCAGUGUCUCCGAUGUGUUCAAGGACACUUAAAGAAGCAGAUAAAAUCAUGUUGCUGCAGUGUUUGAUCCCAGGCCUUCGCCAAACAACCAGGCUUUCUAAUCACAAGGUCGCGCAGUCAACCUGUCCAUGUACAUAUCCAAGGCAUACACAUGGCCUUAAGCAACAUCCUGGCCGAGAUAUAAGUGACAUGUUCGCCUUGACUCUUUGUCUCCCUCUGCCCUGAGCAGUCUCUUGUUGAAUGAGUUGGGGAUGUGUGUGCAGCUUGGCGUGUGGAACGUCAGAGCAUUUGGAGAGUCUAGUAAUCCACGGGGAAGGUGCACACUAUGGCUCCACGUGCCAUUAAGCUGCUUAGUCGCACUGUAAUUAGGGCUGUGUGUAGUAAAAACACAGAGCAGGCAGGAGGUAAGGGUCUGAGGGUUUAAGCCACACGGUGAAGAGGUUGUAGGUUUGAACACUGACUGUGAGACAAGAGUCCAAAAGAACAUAAUCAUCAUAAUCUCCUCAAUGAAGUAACAGGGCUCUGUUGUUGUUGUUGUUGUCUUGGAACAAUAAAGAGAUGGCACAGGAGAUCUUCUACUAAGUGCUUGCCAGGAUGAACUCCAAUCCACUGAGAUUCAGAUUGGAAAUCUGCCAGAAAAACAUGACAAAAUGAUUUCUGAACUGAUAAAGGAAGCAGCCCAGAAACAAUAAAAUGUCAGAAAGAACAUUUCAGAUGAUGGCAAAGACAACUCUAGCAGGGCUCAUCAUGGUGAACAAUGCCUGAGGUGGAUUGAGGAACAUGAAUUUUGUGGAAGUGAAGCACUCGCAGAUGCCUCAAAAUCCCAGUGACCUUUACAUUUCUGUGAGUACCAUAAUCAGUGUAGGUGUAUUUUCCUGGUGCAUUAUUAUGAAUCUGCUGAAAUAUUGAUCAAGAAAGAAGCAUCAAGCUGAAUUACAGAGCAAAAUGUGAUGUUUUCUCUCGUCCUCUGUGUCCAUACAUGGGUGAAGGGAGCCCCCUUGUGGAGAUCAUUGUUCGUCCUCUCAGUGAUGUGAAUGAAUGCAAAAUCAUGCACCUCUGCUGUGUUUUUCUGUGCGAUCAAGACUGCUUCAUUAAACUAAGUUGUACAUAGAUGAAAUGCUUUAUAGUGAUGCUGGUGUUUUGUGUGUUUACAGGUCUGCUGGUGUAUGUAGCCAUGAUGGUGGGGGCGCUGGUUUGGGGGGGUCUGUGUGAUAAGAUGGGGAGGAGGAAGUGUCUGAUCUAUGUCCUGACCAUCGACCUGGUCUUCUCCUUCCUGUCGUGCUUCGCUCAGGGCUACGGCUUCUUCCUCUUCUUCAGGUUCUGCUCCGGCUUUGGGUGAGACAUUUUUACAUUCAUGAUCACAUUUGCAGGCCUCACCUGGACUGAAGACAACUCAAGUGGUCUUUUUGACAAAUAAUCCUUAAAUGACAGGAAUUUUGUAACAUUUCUGUCAUCGAAGGUCAAGAUAUUUGUUUCAAAAUAAAAAUGUAAGAUGACAAACAUUCCAGUAAAAUGAGUACUUGGAAAAACAUCCGUUCAGAAAACUUAUGGACCUUCAGAGAAGUGUAGAGCAAAGAUUUUUCAAGAGCCAAGUUUAGUCUCUUUAAAACUACAACUAAUUAAAAAGAGUCAACAGUACUUUUUGCUUGAUUUUAAUUUCAGUGCUAUUGCCAACUUCCUGCUGUCACCAGCACCUCGGAGUUGUGCACGAAUUGAUUUUGCUGCUUUCAAAGACACAUUUCUUUUGAUAAUGAUUACAGCUUGAAUAGGCCCAGACCUGCAGUAUUGAUGUUUAAGCUUUUUGCUAAGACAAAUUGUGCAAGGUCACCAAAAUAAAACAUUCAGCUGUUGCUGAUUCACUGUGAUAAUGAGCCCUGUGUGAAGUCAUUAACACUCACAUCUGCAGAAGGAUUGAACACAUUUUGCUGGCUUCAUGAAACACAAAGAAGAGAUACAACUUGCUUUCUUGGGGUUAAAAAAAGGAAAGAUUUUAAACACUAGAGAGAGGCUCAAUAAUCAAUAUGCUGUGGUUGUGGAUCCAGGGAGUGAGAUUUCUCUGAUGUAGGUUUAUGGUUUCCAUUUUCAGGUGCCAUAGAGAUAAUAUUGUGCAUAUAAUAUCAAAUCUAUAAUUGUAUUCUAAAAGUUCUUGACAUCAGGAGUCCAGCCAUUCAACACUGGACCAGUCUUCUCUGGAUUUUGACUACAACCUGAACUAGUGUUGUAGUCAUGUCAUCAAACCUCAAGUCCAGGUCUUAAGUCAUCUAAGGAGAAUGACUUGAAAUGAGUGAAAUUCCCAUGACAUGAGCCCAAGUCCCAGUCGAGUUCACAUUGUAAAAGUGUAUUGUUUAAGAAUGACCAAUCCAAACUUUGGACAGUAUGAGCCUGGAUUUAGUUAGGGUGACCAUAUUAAGAAUCCCCAAAAAGAGGACAAGACUAGGCAAGGGGGCCAUCAUGGAGUCUCAUGAAGUAAAUUUUAAGAGUUUUUCAGGUUGGCUGGAGUGUUUUUUUUACGUGCUUUUAACUCAGUAAACCCACACUACACAAACUCAAAACUUCCAAACAAAACCCCGGACAUUUGAAGGAUUUUAUAAACUUCCCUGGACAAGGCCAGACAGGCCGGACAGCCCCCUAAAAAGAGGACAUAUCGGAGUAAAAGAAGACAUAUGGUCACCCUAAUUUAGUGUUAGUCUUUUGGUUGUGUAGAAAACACAUUUGAUCUACUCCCAAGAGACCCAGCUGGAGAUUUAAAUAAGCAUUAAAGCUACAGCUCUGUUUUAUAAAUGCUCUCCAUGCCUCCUUCAAUAGAGAUAACACUCAGUGUUCCUGCUGCUGUGGGAUCACUGCAGGUGUCUAAUCAGCUCAAAAAUACCACAACCCAGCUCAUAUUAAUCAGAAUUUCAACCAACUACACAUCUACCACAUGGUGGUUGAGUCACUUAUGAUGCUAGCAGUACUAUUCACCUUCCAGCUGUUACUUACAACAGCCCAAGUAGGCUAACUUUCGCAUCAGUCUUGUUUUUCAGCUGCUUCCUGGACAGAUCGCUGUCAAAGUUAAAGUUUGUUCCCUUCUUCUUCUUGGUGUUUUUUUUCUUUCAUACCACACACGUUGUACGGCUCUUCCCCACAUUUUUACCAUGAAAUGGUGGAAAGCAAAAUGCACAAUUCAUAAUAUCCCUUUCAGCAACCUGGAAAGAACUGGCAGGAUCAAUAAAAGCUGACUCUAACAAUAAAUAAAUCCAUCCACUGAGUCCUUUGAGUUGAGCUCAAGUUAAAGUAUUAGAGUGGAUUACUUCAACACCAACCUCGGUUUAACUGCAUUGUCUGGUCCUCUCUUGCAUUACACUGAGAAAUACAUUUUUAAUAAAUAUCUGAAACUAACUUUUUCAGAAUCAAGAAAAUUCAUUUUUUAAUACAUGUCAAAAUGUGGACAUAUAUUUUUGGUGUAAUUUCUUUGAACAGUGUUUUUUUUCACAACCCUCCUUAAAGGUAAUCCUUGAUCACUUAGCCUGUACAUUUCCAAAGAUGAUAGUCGACAGGAUGGACUAAGGAAAAGUGUACAUGUUUGCUUUCAAAGAUUCAUUAAUAAUCUUCUAAUUUCCUCCUCCCAGAAUUGGCGGCUCCAUCCCGAUAGUUUACACCUACUUCACUGAGUUCCUGCAGAUGGAUAAACGUGGAGAACAUCUGAGCUGGCUCUGCAUGUUCUGGAUGCUGGGAGGACUGUACGCCUCCUUUACUGCCUGGGGGAUCAUCCCUCACUAUGGUAACACACAUACAGGAUCACACUCACACAUAAAAUACACACAAAUAAUCAGACGUACUCUUUAUAGUCACAGUGUGACGGUGAAGCUUUUAUACUGAUAGGAGACUUAAGAAGCUGAAUCAAAUAGUUGUUUAUUUCAGUUUAUUCAUUUGUCUUUCUGUUUUCUGUGUUACUGUGUAUUUCAGCUUGUUUUUACUAAUUAAAUAUUAACAACUGGCACAGAAACAAGUUCAAAUUUUUGCCACAAUCAGGAAUUUAAAGUGAUUUAGGGAUUCAGGGGUUUUGUUUGUUUACAAAACAUUAUUUGUCCAGGGAUUGAACUGUGUUUGGAUUUAAUUUGAUGCACUGAUUUGGUCAUCUGUAUUUGAGUUCUUUAAAUAUUUACAGGCUCUUUUUUUCACUGCUUGGUUUCCCAGGUUGGGGCUUUGCCAUCGGGACAGAGUUCCAGAUCCACAGUUGGAGAUUGUUUAUGUUUGUGUGUCUCUUUCCUGCACUGGCUGCACUUAUUGGACUCGUCUUCAUGCCAGAGAGCCCUCGGUUCCUGCUGGAGGUAAGAUCUGAUUAGGAAAACUCUAAACUCUUCAAAACAAAAAAGACUUAUUUUUCUGUGCUGCUUACACAGCACAAAAUAAGUACAACAACAAUGUUAUUGUGAUGUGUACACUCUUCAGUAUGAAACACAUCAAGCUGUGAUUGGCUAAAAUCUGUUGAGUCAUCAGCCACCACUGCAACAUCCCACUGCUGUGCAAAGGUAGCGAACGGUUGUUAAGGCCCCAUCAGGACACCACCUCCCCUCUUUCUCAUCCAGCACAUUGUCAGACCUUUAACCGCAUGUGGUAUUGUAUUUGUGUGUUACAGCAGAGCUGCUCCAGCUCACACACCCCCCAAAUUAUUACACAUUACCCCGUCUGAUAGAGGCGGACCACCUCAUGGGAACAUUGUUACUUAGCUGAGUCUGGGUGCUGUAAAUGUGGGGACUAUAUGUGCCAUGAACCCGGACCAAAAUAGAAAUGUUUCUGUGUGUGUUUUUCAGAACGCACGACAUGAUGAGGCAUGGAUGGUGUUGAGACAGGUUCAUGACACCAACUGGAAGGCCAAAGGAGAGCCAGAGAGAGUGUUCACUGUAAGACCUUUUGAAUUUCCCUCUGGGAUUAUCUAUCUAUCUAUCUAUCUAUCUAUCUAUCUAUCUAUCUAUCUAUCUAUCUAUCUAUCUAUCUAUCUAUCUAUCUAUCUAUCUAUCUAUCUAUCCAUCCAUCCAUCCAUCCAUCCAUCCAUCCAUCCAUCCAUCCAUCCAUCUCACUAGACAUUUGCAUUUCUCAUUUUGUCAUUAUACAUAAUUAAAAUGUAGCUCUUCAGUCACAAAAAAGUAACCGUAACAUAGUUUCUGUAAAGUCCUGCAUUCAUGUCUGAAGAAGGUUAAUACAUCCAAAGCAACAGCAGAUGCCAUAAUGGAAACACUGGCUAUAAAAUCACUCUUGACUACUGAAUAAACUAGCAGAGAGGUCAUGAUCUUGCAGCCCAGCAAACAACUACACUGUGCUCACUUGUUAGUCUAACCACCGUAACCAUAUCUGAUAAUAUAAAACCUGUAGUCCUGAUAUUAUCAGGAAUAAACAAAUGAGGAAUAAAGACAGGAGCCGCUUUUAACCAGAUCUGAAACAGGUUUUAUUCUGCUGUCCUUUAUUUCCUGUCUUACAUUAUUGGACAAACUGAUUAAUCCAGGUGUGUCUGAGCCGUCACAAUGAUCAAUCACACCUAGAUUAAUCAGUUUAAUCUGUCCAAUAAUGUAAGACAGGAUAAAAAUGAGCUGCCUUAUGUUCAGGAAGUAGUGGAGCUGUGCAUAAAGCCCAUUGAGUCUCCUUGGCUUGUAGAGUCACCCUCAUGUGGACACUAGAGGAACUGCAGUUUCCCCCCCACAAUCCUCUACAUUGGUGUUGUUUAUCGCCUUGGAGGUUUCAGGCUGGUGUAUCUUAUCCUCAGCCUAAUCUAUGUCCUCCUGCAUAAACAGCUGCAAAUUUUUAUUCUUCUAUCAACAAUAAAAUUCUGCACAUGUGCACAUUACAGUAGACUUUUUUUAACAGGGCUAAGUAGAAAAAAUCAAAGUCAAUCAAAUCCUAUUAAAAGUAAUUGAUUUAAAAUGUUUUAUUUUGUUUGUUUCAACACAGUCAUGAUACAUUUGGUCUAAACUCCUCUCAUUUUGUGAAGGUGACAAACAUUAAAACUCCACAAACCCAAGAGGACGAGUUCAUAGAGAUCCAGAGUGACACUGGAACCGCUUUCCAACGCUGGACCGUCAGACACAUGACCAUGCUGCAACAGGUCUGCACAUCACUCCAAUGCAGGAGUGCAAAAUAACUUUGUUUUUGGAUUACCUAUGGUUGUGAAAAGUUUCCUUUAGUAACCUUUUCAUGCUGGCACAAUUUAAUCUGUCUGUCUGUCUGUCUGUCCUCCUUUCAGGUGAUGGCUAACGUCAUGUCUCUGUCAGCUCCAGAGCUCAGACUGCAGGGCCUCUUCCUGGUUGUUGUCUGGUUCUGCAUGGCAUUCAGGUAGGGAAGAAACUAUUUAGCUUGCAAAGGCAUCCCGCUUGAAUACACCUACAUAUCUCCUGGUGCAUUUGCAUUCGAAUCAUCUGAUUUUAGAAUAUUUUAAACAGGGAUAUUUGACAACUUAUCUGAGGCAGAGCUUAUCUGUAAAGAGAGAGAGAUUGUCACUGGUAAAGUUUAAUAACAUUUUCUACUUACACUUUUGAUAGCAGAUCAUUUCUUAAAGUGCUCAGAUUGUAAGUUUGUGUUUGUUUCAGCUACCAUGGCCUGGGAGUGUGGUUCCCUGAUAUGAUCAAAUACAUGCAGUAUGAGGAGUACGAGUCCAAGGUCCGAGUGUUUCACAGAGAACGAGUCGAACGUUUCCAUUUCAACUUCUCCUUGGUCAACCAGAUCCACCGUGAGGGGGAGUAUGUCCAUGACAAGUAUGUUUCAGUUUACAUUACCAGGCAUGUAAAUGUACACGCGUUGGUCAAAGCUCUCAAGCAUCACGUCUGCUUUUUAUGUCUCAUUUUAGGUUUGCAAACAUCGAGAUUAAGUCUGUGAAAUUUGAGGAUUCUCUGUUUGAAAACUGCUACUUUGAAGAUAUCCGGUCCACCAACACCUUCUUCGAGAACUGCACCAUCAAGAACACCGUCUUCUACAACACAGGUAUCGUGCAAAAUUAAUGAUUUUAUAAAUAAUUUUUAGCUCUGUCAGGUUUAGACAUCAGUGAAUAUCAUCAGGAUUGACUCAGACUGUUUGUUUUGUUUCUUUUUACAUCUACCUGUCCUCUCCAGACCUCUGGCAGGAAAAGUUCAAAGACUGUCGAAUGGAGAACACCACCUUCCUCCACCCGAAGAAAGGCUGCCAUCUGAACUUCCAGGAGGAGAAUGAUAUCAUAAUCUACAUGGUCAGCUUUCUGGGCAGUUUGGCUGUGUUGCCUGGAAACAUCAUCUCUGCAUUGUUCAUGGACAAGAUAGGGAGAAUCAAGAUUAUAGGUGAGAUUAUUACAAAGCUUAAGUAAAGUGGAAGGAUAUUUUUGGGUGUCUUUUUUUGACUGAUGCGUUUAUCAUUUCUCCUCAAAGGUGGCUCCAUGUUGGUGUCCUCGGCCUGUACUUUCUUGUUACUGCUGAGUUUCAGUCAAGGAGCUGUUAUAUGUUGGCAAUGUCUCUUCUACGGUGCCAGCGUGGCGGCCUGGAACGGACUAGAGGUCAUUUCUGUUGAACUCUAUCCCUCUGCUAAAAGGUACAGUACACCCUAAAUUCUUUGUCUUUCUCUUUAUCCCUUCUCUGUCAGUUUUUGCAAACUCAACAAGUUUUCAUGGAUAGUUCUCUAAUAACACACUCAGGGCUAGGAGCUUAAAUGCUGUUGUUAAUUUGCUGUGCUGUCCAGGUGGGUUGAAUAAACAACAGGAUAAAAACAGUGUCUGAGAGGAGAUUUGGAGGUUUUUUAAGAUAUAACAACUGACUCAACAACUCAAAGCUGCUAGAAGAUUAUCCUUUUAUAAAUCCACUUCCUAAAUCCACUUCCUAGCUAAUAACUUAAUAGUUUGAUGUUAUGACAGAGAAAUAUUUUAAACCUGAGAGAGAACAUUAGUUUUUGUCUUUUUUUUGUCAGAUUCACGACACUUAUCCUCCUUGAAACCCUUAACACAGUCAUAUGACAUAAUAACAGCCAAAGUACUGAAGCGACUCAGUCUGAGCUUGAUGCUUGACAAAAACAUCCACGGUGUGAAUAUAGCUGAUUAACAAAUGGUUGAACCUUUCAAUUAAGCAACAAUACCCCAAUAUUAGCGUAGCAGUCAGAGAGCACAGAGGCCUUGGAAAGCUUAUCCAUAUGUUGGGGGUGUGCCUGCCCAGAGGUGAGGCAGGUGAUGUCUGUUUUGACCCCUGUGUUGUCUUUUGAGUCAAAAAUGACCCCCACCAUAUUUUAAGGGAUAUUCCAGUGUAAAUUUAAGUUUUGGUCAAACACACCGUAGUAGGUCUACCAAGUUGGACACCCCCUCAAGAGAUGAAUGUUGCAGACUGCUUGCUUCUCUAGUGAUACCAACUUCAGCAACGACUGCACAAAAGGAAUACACAGUGGUCUACCACAUCACAUGCAAACCUCAACCUCAACCAAAAAGCCACUCUAUAGCCUCAAAUAAUGCUCAGAACAGCAUCUAACUUCAUCAACAGUACAUUUAGGGUCCCAGCCAUAGUUCUAGCCACCAAACAUCUUUUUAACUUUGACUGGUUUCUUUAGCAGCGAAAAUAUAUACACAACUCACCCACUCUCCUCCAGCAGCCGCUUGUUUGUGGGGGAGCUGUGACGAGUGCAGCGGAGUUUAGCAGCUUAAGGAAGAACAUUUAUGAUUAUUACCUCAUGAAAAUGCAAUCAGAGUUCCUGUGUAUCUUGUAAGUGCACUGCAGGCGUGGUAGUUCUUCUGCCUUAGCAUCUCGGCCUGAUUGCAUUUCCAUGAAGUAAUAAUCAAAAAUGUUCUCUGUCAGCUGAAAGUCAGCUGCGCUCAGUGAUCGACUCGUCAGGGCUCCCCCACAAACAAGCGGCUGCUGGAGGAGAGUGGGUGAGUUGUGUAUAUUCUCGCUGCUAAAGAAACCAGGCAAACUUAAAAAGAUGUUUGGUAACUAGCACUAUGGCUGGGACCCUAUAUGUACUGUUGAUGAAGUUAAGUGCUGUUCUGAGCAUCAUUUGUGAUUAUAGAGUGGUGUUUUGGUUGAGGAUUACGCAUGAAGGCAUAGACAGCUGUGUAUUGCUAUUGUGCGAUCGUUGCUGAAGUUGGUAUAACCAGAGAAGCAAGCGGUCGGCAACAUUCAUCUCUCGAGGGGGUGUCUAACUCAGUGUUCCGAUGAGUUUGACCAUAAUUUAAAUUUAUGCCGGAAUAUGCCUUUAAGAGUGGAUAAAACUGCCUUUGUUCCGAUUUUUACUGUUUGGAUUUUUAUAAACUCCCCUGGAAUGACCCAAACAUUUGAAAAAAAAAAAAGUCUUUCUCCGUAUUUCCAUGUGAGCAGUUCAUCAACAGGUUAGAACAGGUCAUUUUAACCCUGCAGUCAUUAUAACGUCCAAACAUCACAAAAAAAAAAAAAAAGCCUGCCUGAAAAAUACUGUCUGUUUCUCUCACAUACACAUAUUCACAGGCACACAGCGCAAAUGACAGGUUGACGAUGUGGGUGCUCCUCAUUAAACUCAAACAAAAGUCAAACUACACAGAAUAAAAGCACACGAGAGUACACCCAGUUCUGUCAAACAGUGUUGAAUCUGAAUUUUUCACAUGUUCUUUUAGCACAUGUGUGAGAGGAUAUCACCAUGUUAAGAGAAAUGUAUGUUUAGUUUGUUUCCUGUGUAAAAAAAAAACAAAUGUGGUUAGAAAUGUUUCCUGCAUGCCUUCUUCCUGUGGUAAAGAGGAGGGUUUUUUAUUAGUAAAACUUAACACCUUUAUUAAUAACAGAACAACACUUGAAGCUCUUCCUCUGUAAAUACAAGUAUUCAAACUGGUGUGAAGUACUCAGAGGAGAUGAGUUUAUUCAUCGAACAUUUUCUUUCCUCCCCGCAAAGAGAGAAAAGCCAGAUAUCAACUAAAGCAGUGAUAAAUGACAAGUUCUUUGUUCAUCUAAUGAGUUUUAAGUUUCUAUUCAGUCUGGCUUUUUUAUUUUUGAGGUUUAGCCUAAGGGGUGUGAACAGAGUACAAGGACAACAUCAGAGUUAGUUUUUACAACCAUUUAGAGGAGAAAAAAUGAUAUUGAUAAAAAAUUCUGUUUUUCUGUUUAAGCAUUAAUGACCAACACCAGGUGGGCUGGCUAACUACCUCAUGACCUUAAGUGGUAAUAAAACAGCACUUUUACAGCUAAGAAGAAAAUUAAUCUUGUUAUAUUAAUUUUUGGGGUUGUGAUUAAAGCCCUACUUAAAACCAAAACACGGAUCAUAAUAGAGUGAAGGUGCUCUUAAAAUGAAGGCUAGCACACGUGUUGGUUUUUCAGCCUUUUUUUUUCUCCAGUAAUUCAAACUAAAUUUAUCAGCAUGAAUAUAAAUGAUGUUGCAGAAGUAAAAAGGGUUUCAGCGUAAUAACCCAUACAAUGUGAUUACCAGCAUGUUUCCACCAUAGACUGUGUAUAGAAUGGACGCCGUCUGCCUCCUCGUUGGGUGAAGCCACCGCAAGAACAGCACCCUCUAGUGACAGGCUGCAGUAUGGGUCAUAAAUCCUGCCUCCUCCAGCAAUCCUUAUGGAGCUGUGGACAAACUGUAUAUACUAUAUACAAUCUAUGGUUUUUACACUGUAACCAGUGGUUUGUAAUUUCAACCAUUAAAACGUUAUAAUUAACUUUUUAAUACACAAGUCAGAGCUUAUAUGCUAGUAGGAGGUUUUUUUUGUUUAAAAGUUGCAUCUGCUUGGUCAAUAUCCCAUAACAAUGGUCUAACUCUUAACAGCACACAGCUAGAAUGAAUAUAAGUCCUUAUCACAGACUAUUAUGACUCACAAACUGUAGUCAUAAUAACUCCACCUAUAGAGGUCCAGCUCAUUUGAGGUCCAUUAGUUUAUUGUAAGAAAAAAAAACUGCAGGGAGAAGGCAGGGGAGUUUUAAGGACAAAGAAACUCUAGGAACUUUAUCUCUUAUUCAAAACUGUGUGUAAGUUUUUAUGAGAUUUUUUCAGAUCUAAGAUUGCUUAAAGAAAUUAUAGUGUUCUGGCAGCAUUCGUUCUCAACAUCUGUCACUUUAAAGCACACAUCUGCCUGUUAAAUGCAGUGAAUAAAGGCUGCUGUGUUCUUGAAGUAAAAUGGUGCAGGACAGUUCUGCUGGAAUAUCAGAGAAAACAGAUUGAACUUAGAGUCACGAUAAGUCAUCUGAAGCAGUGACACUCCACUUUUUCCCCUGCAAACUUUUUCAUAACCUUUUUUUAUUUUCUAUGACUCUUAUUCUUGACAGCUAUCCAAUCUUACCAACAAAGAAAGAGCUGUGUUGUCAGAGUAUAUUCAACUCACCAGUCAUCCAUAUGAAGUUCUAUAUCUAAUCUGUUUCUGCUUUUCUGACUCUGCAGAGGGACAGCGUUUGGUAUCCUCAAUGGGAUCUGUAAGUUUGCCGCCAUCAUUGCCAGCUUCAUCUUUGCAGCCUUCAUCGGCGUCACUAAGAUCAUCCCCAUCUUCCUGGCCUUCGCCGCCCUCGUCUGUGGGGGUCUGGUGGCUCUCAAGCUGCCUGAAACCCGGGAGAAAAUCCUCUCUUGAAAAGCCAAACUCCUGCAGCCUCCAGGGCCCAAACACAGUACAGCUACGAGGAAAUCUAUCAGGGGGAAGUAAGAGCUGAAACUGAAAUGGAAAGACACGUGAGGAAAGCCGUGCUGUGCUUAGCUGUGUGUAAGAGUCUGCCAUGGUUAUAAGAUUAAAAAUAUUGAAAACCUGUCUGGUUGCCUACGUGAACCUGUGGUUGCUUUCUAUUCCCUCUGUAAGCUCCUCAGGCUGCCCAGCAUUUCUGUCACAUCAUAUGAAACCUGUGUUUGUCUUUUCCUUUCUAUCAUUUACUGCCCAUCCUUCUGUUUCACACACACACAUACACACACAGCGUAGAAACUUUUGUUUUGUUUGAGGUUUGUGUACAAGAAAGAUAAUUAUGAGAUGAAAAUGUGUCUGUAUUUGAAGGUGUUGUAGUUCAUGUGACCAUGUUGUGCUAUGAAUUCAUUCCCUGUUGGAAAAUAAAGGAAAGAGAGCGGACUUUAAGUGAUAACUUGGAUUUUAUUGGAAUCCCGUUUUCACUGCCGGGGCUCGGCAGCAAUAUUACUGCUGGGGUUGUUAUUCAGAAAACACCUCUUUCCAUCAUCCACUUUUUAUUUAUUCUGCACUGUCCUGUGGUUUAUGUAGUCGAUUUAGUCUAAAUUGUCUUUCCCUAUCGACACCAAAGCUGUUCUUGUCUGAUCAAACCCGAGCAGUCGAUCAGAUCCUCCUCCCAUCUGUCUUUCUGUCCACGCUGAGACGUCACGUCUGUUUUUCAUUGUGUUCUGUAGAUGCUGAUAAAGUAGGAUGAGAGUCACAUCUUGCCAUGACAAAGUGUAAGGAACUGUUAUUGUUUAAUUUGUGUGUCUUUUUUUAUCUAAAAGAGAGGCUGACAUAAAACUGUGAGAUUAGUUGUUUUGAUAAAAUGCUCACUUUGAUGAAAAACAGUUUUACAGAACCCGCUGCGUUUAUCUGACGACGUGUGACAAGAUUUACAAGGAGCAUGUUACAUUUAUGGUUUGACUGAUCUGUGUGUGUGUGUGUUUAUGUGUGAGUGUGUGUGCGUGUGAUUGUUAUCCACUUGUCUGUGAAUUUACUGACACACAGUAGUCUGACCACUUAACUUUAUUUGUUGUUGUACAUACUGUAGACCUGUGUAUAUUAGCUGUAAAAUAGUAGCUCCAUCAUGACUUGAAUAAAGCUGAGGACUUAUGAG